CACACACACACACACUCUCCAUGCAUGCAUGAUCCUGCAAGCAAGCAAUUGCAAGCAGCAGAGGAUCUAUCAAGAAUUAAUGCCUAUGCAGCUGUGUCAUCCUUGCCUUGCUGUGUAUGGCAUUCUUUUGCUUCUUUGUUGGCCAUUCGCUUGUGCCCAUGCUUAUGCAUCUCAGAGCCGGCUUGUCCCUGGCAAGCCGCUCUCCCCCGGCAGUGUCCUCGUCUCCCAAGAUGGGGUGUUUGCCCUGGGAUUCUUCUCCACGGAUGGGGAGAAGCGGCAGCGCCACUAUGUGGGCAUAUGGUACAACAGCAUCCCGGAGCGCACCGUGGUAUGGGUUUCUAACCGUGCGGCGCCCAUCACCACUAACCUUUCCUCUGCAAAUCUUGCGGUGACCAGCAGCUCCGGCAUAGUGAUGUCUGAUAGCGAUGGCCGUGCCGUGUGGACAACCAACAAGAGCAUCAGCAUCAGCGCGAGCGCGAGCACGAGCACGGUGGAAGCGGUGUUGGACAACACCGGCAACUUCAUCCUUCGGUCGUUGGCCGACAAUGCCAUACUAUGGCAAAGCUUCGACCACCCUACCGACACCCUCCUCCCUGGCAUGAACCUGAGGCUGAGCCACAAGACGCUCCCACUGCAGCACCUCGUGUCGUGGAAAGGGCAGCAGGACCCAUCCCCCGGCGAGUUCUCGUACGGCGCGGACCCUAGCAACCUGCUCCAGUGCUUCGCCUGGAACGGGUCGAGGCCACACCGGCGAAGCCCGGUGUGGACAAGCCACCUCUACAUGGGCGGAUUCAACGAGUCGGCCAUUUACAUGGCCUUGCAUCACGCCGGCGACGAGGUGUACAUGUCCUUCGGCAUGCCGGCUGGCUCCUUCGUCCAGCUGGUCAGGUUGGAGAUCGACUACUCAGGCAAGGUAAAUAUACUAAGCUGGCUGAGCAACGUGUCCGCAUGGAGAGCCCUCUACGCAGAGCCUCAACAUGAGUGCAAUACGUACGGCUACUGCGGUCCUUAUGGUUACUGCGACAACACACAAAUCGUCCCGGUUUGCAAGUGCCUUGACGGUUUUGAACCGAGGGAUGCUAAAGGAUGGAUCUCCGGUAGCUUCUCACAGGGAUGCCGCCCCAAGGAGGUGCCAAGGUGCACCCAUGGAGACAGUUUCUUGGCCUUUCCGGGCAUGAAGGUCCCGGACAAGUUCCUCCGUGUCCCGAGCAGAAGCUUCGAUGAGUGCACCGAGGAAUGCAGAAGCAAUUGCUCCUGCGUGGCAUAUGCUUACUCCAAGAUGAGCAACAUAGAUAUUGACGGUGAUGAUACAAGAUGCCUGUUAUGGAUCGGCGAUUUGAUCGACAUGGAGAACAACCAUCAAGGAGGGGAGAACCUCUAUGUUCGGACUAAAAGAUUGCAAGGCAACAUGAGAAAGAUCAAAACCAUAGAAAUUGUAUUACCAGUUGUGUCAAGUUUUCUGAUACUCAUAUGCGUGGGGCUUAUUUGGAUCUGUGGCUUUAGAGGUAGGAAAUUGUUGCUUUACUUCUAA